AUGGUUUCAAAGAAGGUCGUGGCCAGUUUGCUGUUGGUGUACAUGGUGUCUAUGCUGGCUGAACAGACCGAAGGCUUCGUGCCCUUUUUCACCCAGAGUGACUUCCAGAAAAUGCAGGAAAAGGAGAGGAACAAAGGAGGGCAGAAGAAGUCCCUGACCUCACUGCAGCAGCUGGAGGAGGAAGGCUUUUCUGAGCAGUCAGGUGCAGGUGUCAACAAGGUCAAGACCGUCCAGGUAGCUGCUCCUGUCACAGCUGGGCUGUGGCUCACCCCAAGGCAGCUGGAAAAAUACCAAGACGUCCUGGAGAAACUGCUAGCAGAGAUGUUACAAGACACCCCAGACGCUGCCUGA